CUUGCAGCUGCAGCGCCCCUAGCAGAUUUUCAAUUAAUGGACCCGCGCGUCUUCGCAAAAUUUCCAAUUCUUUGUUCGCGACUUUUCUCCAUCGUUGUGUUUUCUUUCCAAUCAAACAAAAUAAUCACCUGGUCCAACGACAAGACCACCUAGCAACCAAAGCUCAAAUACACAAGCCAUUACCAGUUCGCAGCUCACUGUUGUAAAUUCAGCUGCAACGCACAUGUGAGCUUCCGGUAUUCUGCUACCGUUUUCGUCCCCCUUUUCCGAUUCGAACUGCAGAAACACGAUGCCGCCGCGACUGGUGCGUCGGAGACCGCUCGUCGAGCGUGUUAAGGCGAUGCUGAAUCCUAUGGAUUUUCUACUAUGGCUAUCCGAGGAGAUCGAGACGCGCGACUGGGACUCCAAGCUUGUUGGUACUCAGAUAGGCGUAGCUAUGAAUUUUGCUUUCCUGCUUGCUAGGGCCAAUAGUGGUGGUUCUCGCGCUGUGGACCCCGUCUUCGAAGAUGGCUCGGUAUCUGGGUGGUUUACCUUCCUUGUCGGCACGAUGGUCUGGUCAUUGGCUAGCUUUUCGGUCGUUAAUGCCACCUACACGAUGUACCGAUCUCGUCACUAUCGACUAUUCGAAGCAGAUGUAGAGAAGCAACCCGAAACCCCUUCGGCCCAUCGCGUCCGCGUUCAGUCUUCCCCCGUAUCAUCCUCUCCUUUACGAUUCUUGACGAACGUGAUGAGCUCGGAGAGUGCAGAGUCGAGAGCGCAUCCUGAUAGAAGCCGAGACGUGUGGGAGGUCUCGGUAUGGGAUCCAUUGCCGAUCUGUUUGCAAAUAUUUUGCUUGUUUAGUCCUGGUCACGUUUUAGUCUACACCAUGUUUCUACCGCUGGCCCCUCUGGAUGCAAGACCAAGCAUUACUGUUCUGAAUUGCAUAGUACUUCAGUUCAUCCUGUCGGCACAGCUACUCCUGUUUCAGAACCGAUUUACGCAGCAGAGCAAGGAUACGGCCAUCAUCCAGAAGCAGGUUAUGCACGAGUACGACACCAAGUUUGUCCAUCCCAACCUCUAUCCUACGGUCAGGGACGCAGCAACGCAAAUUUCGCAGAAUGAGGAUGGUGACGAUCUGGACGAGGAUAUACAAGUUGGCACGCCUACUGUUCAGCUUCGGCGAGGCUUCCGAACGCGGCCGAACCCCAACUACGUUAAACAUAUUGACCCGGAUCGUAGCAGUGCCUUGUCCAGUACUAGCAGCUCCGGAUUGUUCACUCCCACUGCUUCUAAGAGAUAUACUGAUAGUUUAGGAAGUGAUAUUAGAGGUCGCACUCCUGUGGCUGCUGCGAAGCCUCCUCAUCGGAGAGGCGCAUCAGGCCUCUCUUCGUUUAAUCCGAAUGCAUCCCGACUGAGCACUUCGACUAAUACUGUCACUGCAUUUUCCUCUUCUACCAACACCGGUAACCUGGGAGGCGAUGGAGGAUAUAUGGGCGUGUAUACCCACCCACAAUCACCACUGAAAAAAGCCCCCAGUUUGGGCGAGCUUCAGUUUAGAUCGCCGCGUAAUAAUAGCGAGAUGGCUCAAUUCGAGCAGUACCAAUCGGCGAGGGAUCGCAGCACUAGUCCUAUAAAGAGCAUUAGGAAAAGCAUUGGGACCUCGGGCUCUCAGCCGGGUAGUUGGGGACGAACCCAACCAACAUCAUACGAGAGAUAUCCCUCCAUGUGGCGAUAGAAAGUCUGUGAUACUUGAGGGUCAUGCAUUAACGUUGGGGGCAUAUCGGGGAGUAUGGAAUGGGCGUCUAUUGCAUUACGCUACCUAGGCUAGGCUAGGAGCUUUUUUUCCCUUUUUUUUUCUCUUUUCUUUUCUACAUUAACCAGCAUCUGUACGAAUAGGAAAGGGGCUGCAUCUACUGAGAACCAAAUACAUCAAGUACGUGCGGCAGCAUUAUUAUAAUAGCCGUUGACGUACCCUCCAUUUUCUGCUCGGCACGUAACUAUUCCUGUUCCUUGCCAAGUGUAUUGCUAAUGAUAGACUUUCUUCAGUUG